GUUUCCUUCCUUCUGAUUUGUCUUGUUGGCCGAUAAGCAAGGUACCUUUGUGACUCAGGACGAGUUGAGAGAAUGCGGUCGAAUCAUGCGUUGAUAUCGGCGUUAAGGUCCAAUCGCUAGUGCCUUUGUCAGAUAGACCUUGUAAACAGAAUCUAUGUAGGAAAAGGGAAUAUAUAGCAUAUCUAUCUCGCCUUUCCAGUUUCUCUUGCCAUUGAUACAAUACAUCUCUUCAUCUUGUUUGCGUUCUAUUCAUUCCCACACUUCAAAAGAACCCAUUUGUCUCAAACCAUCCCAGCUACUAUUCGGCAACACGCUUUGUUUGCACGAGUAUUACAACAAUACCCUGAAAUCCCCCAGCCGCGUUGGAUCUCUAUAAAGUCUAGGUAGUUCUCCAACAUGACGGAUCUAUUGCGAGAAGCCCCUUUGGGUCAAGUCAUUCGCUGGGUUACAGGCAAUAGAUUCCUUCAGUACCCAGAAGAACUUCCAGACUUUGAAUUACCAGCCACUUACAACGCCCUACUCAACUCCUCAUCCCAAAAAAGACCAGAGAUCAAAGGCCAUCGACAACAAAGCCACGCCAGUGCUCGUACUCGACAAUCCAGUAUUAGCGAUGAACCUUCCGACCUGGAGAAAGUCGAUACAGAAAAGUUGCCUGAGACAGCUGAAGGAGAUGCGUCUCUCCAGUUAGCUCGCACAAAAAGUCGACUAGAGACAACUCCAUACACGGAGGAGCGUCUUGAGAUUGAAGCGGAACUAGCCAUUGAACGAACGAAAAGCAGGCCAAUCGUUCCUGUCAAGACAGCAGAUGGAGUUAUUCUCGUCGAUUGGUAUACCACUGAUGACAGUAAGCUUUCCCCAGUUCCUCCAAACUAUCUCCAAUCAAAGAUUAGAAGCUGACCACCACCUUAGAGGCCAAUCCACAAAACUGGUCAAACGGGAAACGCUUCGUUAUAAGCUUGAUCAUCUGCUUGUACACUUUUGUCGUCUACACCGGAUCUGCAAUCUACACGUCCAGUAUCGAAGGAGUGAUCAACAAGUUUGGAGUGUCGCCGACAGAAGCCUCACUGCCGUUAUCCCUUUAUGUCCUCGCUUACGGCGUGGGUCCCCUCCUAUUCGCCCCUCUUUCCGAGAUUCCCGUGAUUGGUCGCUCGCCUGUUUACGCUUCGACAAUGACACUCUUUACCAUCCUCUCCCUGCCCACAGCAAUGAUCGAUAACUUUGCCGGCCUACUCGUGCUACGAUUUCUACAAGGCUUCUUCGGCUCACCAUGUUUGGCUAUCGGCGCGGCAACAAUGCAGGAUAUGUACUCCCUUCUGUACCUCCCAUAUGCCUUGGUAGCAUGGGUAUCAGCCGCUUACUGUGGCCCUGCUCUGGGUCCAUUGCUGUCCGGGUUCGCAGUAACAGCCAAAGGCUGGCGAUGGAGUUUAUGGGAAAUCCUCUGGGCGGCUGGUCCGAUUUUCCUAGUCAUGUUCAUGCUUCUCCCAGAGACAUCCACACCCAACAUUCUUCUCCGACGUGCUGCCCGUCUGCGAAAGCUCACUGGUGAUAACCGUCUAAAAUCCCAAUCCGAAAUCUACCAAAAGAAUCUCCAGCCCUCAGCCAUCCUCGUCGAUGCCAUCGUCAAGCCCCUAGAAAUCACCAUCAAGGACCCCGCCAUCCUAUUCGUCAACGUCUACACCGCCAUAGUCUACGGAAUCUACUACUCCUUCUUCGAAGUCUUUCCCCUCGUCUACCCACCCAUGUAUGGCUUCUCCCUCGGCAUGAUCGGCGUGGUGUUCACUUGCAUCCUCGUAGCCUGUGUGCUAGGUAUAGCGGUUUACUGUCUGUACCUUCACUUCCUCCUCAUCCCCGAUAUCAAAGCCAACGGGUUACGAGCCCAAGAAUCGCGUCUCGUUCCCGCUCUAUAUGCCUGUUUCGGAUCUACCAUCGGACUCUUCCUCUUCGCGUGGACUGCGAACCCAGAUAUCCACUGGAUCGCCCCAACAAUUGGGAUCGUGAUUUACGGUGGAAGCGUCUUCAUCGUCAUGCAAUGUAUCUUUGUCUAUGUGCCUCUCUCAUACCCUCAAUACGCUGCGAGUUUAUUUGCCGGCAACGACUUUUUGAGAAGUGCUUUUGCUUGUGGGAGUAUUCUUUUUGGGAGGCCGCUGUUUAUUAAUUUGGGUAUUGGGAGGGGUAUUAGUCUUCUUGGGGGGCUGAGUGUUAUUGGGAUUGUUGGGAUGUUUGGGCUUUAUACUAAGGGGGCGAAGCUGAGAGCUAGGAGUAUGUUUGCGGUUGCUUAGGAGGGAUUAGAUGGUGGGAUAAAUUUAUGAUUGGUAUCACGAAUUAGAUGACGAGUUUGGGCAAUUUUGUUUGGGCGUUUGAGGGGGCUUAGAAUGGUUGGU